AUGGAAACUUCCCGUGUCUUUUCUAUGCCGCCUGGUUUUGGUUUCCAUCCGACAGACGUGGAGCUUAUUUCUCAUUAUCUGAAGAGGAAGAUUCUUGGGUGCCAGAUUGACUUGGAAGUGAUACCAGAGGUUGACAUCUAUAAAUAUGAACCGUGGGACUUGCCAGGUAAUCUUUUCCCAGGAUGAUCAUUUUAGUUCUAUUUAGGUGGUAUGACGUGGGAAAUCAAAAAUAUUCAAAUUGAUGUGUGCAUUCUAAAUUCCUUACGUGGAAAAUUGGGGGUAUUUAAAUCUAUGGUCGGCUCUUUAUUUAGACUGUGAAUAUUUUUUUUAUCGCUACGAAUUCAAAUAGAAUGAUGUUUUUUUAAAGUACAGUAUUUUAGUUUUUACAUAAUUUUAAUACAUUUCUGCAGCCAAGUCUCUGAUCCCCACCAGAGAUUCCAAAUGGCAUUUCUUCACUUCCCGGGACAAGAAAUACCCAAAUGGUUCCCGUUCAAAUAGAGCUACUGCAGCUGGAUAUUGGAAAUCUACUGGCAAAGAUAGAAACAUUCGUUUGAACAACCAGAUCAUUGGGACUAAGAAAACACUAGUGUUCCAUCAAGGCAGGCCUCCUUAUGGGAAGCGCACCGAGUGGAUUAUGCAUGAAUAUUAUCUGAAUGAGAAGCAGUACAGCGGAGCACCUAUCGAGGUAUUUCUUAUGCUUGAAAUUUUAAUUCGGCUGUACAACUUUAAUAGAGGAUUAAUAUACCUUCUUUUUUUUCACUCUCUCUCCUGAUCUAUGAAAUUAUUCAAUGUUCAUGUUUUCUCUUAUUAUAUGCCAAUAUAGCGAACACAGUUUCUGGUAGUUUCAUACCUUCGUGGCUUUUUAUUUAGAUAUUCAGUCCCGAGGCUGGGACACCAUGCUCUCACAUUAUUUCCGGGAAGAAUUACUAGAUAAAUGAAUUGCAGUAUAGAAUGAUUGGAUCAUUACCGCAGAAUUAUUUGGUUAUUCAGUAUUGAUAGUAAUUAUGGUUUUUGUUAACAGGAUAUCUUUGUUCUAUGUCGGGUUACAAAGAGGAAUGGUUUGAAUCAGGAAGAAGAGGAGCUGGUCUCCCCCCAGGUGAAGAAGUGUAUCAAUCCACGUCUUUCUUUGCCCAAGAAAAGUUGCCCAAAGGAUUUUGAAGAUAUUUUUGUCCACCUGAUACCGAAAAAGGAAGCAUCCAGUCCAACUGAAGAAGUGGACAACUAUGAAUCAUGGCUCGAGGAGCUAUAUGAUCCUAAUAUCUGUACAUCACUACUUCUAAGCGAACCCGUGAACGAACAGAAGGUAUUCCUCUUUUCUUAG